AUGGUAUCUAAUAGACAAACCGCCCUGAUGGGCCUGGCGAGGCAGACUGCUACCUUCGACUCCUCCAAGCUGACUGUCACCAUCUAUGAUGAUGAAGAAACAGUCCAGUCAAGGCGCGCUGCCUUUCACCGUAUCGAGUCUUCUCUUGGAUUACUCGACAACAUGAAACUACCGCAUGUCUAUGCAGAUCUUGAUCGUGAAGGACUCUACCUCGAGGGAGUCCGUAGAGCCCGUGCCAUCACGGAGGACAUGCUUGUUCACGGCCAUAAGCAUUUCGAAUCCAUGACGGAACGCUAUCAUAUGACAAAUGCAACGCCAUUUGGAUUGAACUUUCUCAUGUUCCGCAAGACUAUUGAAUUGCAGGGCGCUGCUAUGCAAAAGGAGGAGUGGCUGCCAUUGAUCGACCAGAUGAAGAUCAACGGCGCAUACGUGCAGACGGAACUAUCUCAUGGGACAUUCGUACGGGGUAUUGAAACGACGGCCACAUUUGAUCGUGAUUCAGAUGGAUUCAUCUUGAAUUCGCCUACUUUAACAUCGAUCAAGUACUGGCCAGGCGGACUGGGGCUGAGCUGUUCGCAUGCGGUUAUUGUAGCCAGGUUAAUCACCAAUGGGAAGGACCAUGGAAUGCAUUGGUUUGUUGUGCAGAUUCGCUCUCUGGAAGAUCACAGUGUACUCGAUGGCGUCGAACUGGGAGACAUUGGAAUAAAAAUGGGGUAUAAUGGGACUUGCAAUGGAUACGCUAGAUUCAAUCAACUGCGAAUUCCAAGAAAGAAUUUGCUGGCUGCUCAUGUUCAGGUUCUGGCAGAUGGAACAUACAUUAAGAAUGCAGGAGACGAUGUUCCUCUGUCCAAACGACUGUACGCAACGAUGUUGGAUGUCCGAUGCGCCAUUAUUGAAUCCGCUGCCUUUGCUCUUGCUCAGGCAGUGACGGUUGCAUCGCGAUACUCGAUCGUGCGAGAGCAGGGAAGUCCGAUGUUUGAUGAGAGCAACGCGGAAUUCCCGAUUGUGGCAUACAAAUCUCAGCAUUAUCGCCUGCUAACUGUGAUCUCCCAAGCAUAUGCUAUUCUUUUUGCCUCGAAGGAGUUCUCUCAGACAUACAGGCUUUUUGUCAAACAGCGAGCAGAUUCAAACUUUAGUCUACUAUCCACCGUCCACGCAUUAAGUACUGGUCUCAAAGCGUGGUCAACGGGAAUCGCUGCUGCUGGUGCUGAAGAAGCUCGAAAGAUGUGCGGUGGCCAUGGCUAUGUUGCCAUGUCUGGUCUGCCUGAGAUGGUGGCCACCGUCAGUGCUAUGCCUACCUUUGAGGGUGAAAACUAUGUGAUGUGGCAGCAGCUGGGCCGAUAUCUGUUCAAGCAGGUUGAUCUAUACACUGCUGGCAAAGAGGUCGAUGCCAAUAUGCAAGAGUUCUUGUGUGGAUUUAAUGAAUAUCUCAAUGAACUUUCCACACAUUCAGUCACUGGAGAUCUUUCUGAGCCAUCCACUCUACUGUCGAUCUAUCUUUAUCGUGCACGAGCUCUCCUCGCUACUGCCUAUCGUGAGUUUACGGAAGAAGCGGAAGUGUCCUCCAAAGCAGAAGCAUGGAACAGCUCCUUGAUGGCCAUCACAGCAGCUGGUCAUGCUUACACAGUGUACAUCGUGCUGCGGUCUUUUCAAUCUCGAGUCGCAACGGCUGAGGCCAAUCUUCAGCCAGUUCUAUCCCGGUUGUGCAAUCUCUUUGCCUUGACCACCAUCGUCAGCCCAACACCAUCCUUCUAUUCCGUCACGUUCUUUGAAGCAGGGAUAUUAUCUCCUGGUCAGCUGAGUUCCAUUCGCAAGUCAAUCAAUCCCAUCCUAGAGCAGCUUCUUCCAGACAUUAUUGCCCUAACCGAUGCUUGGGACUUUACGGAUGCCAGUCUCUGCAGUGCCCUGGGAUGCAGCGAUGGGAAUGCGUAUGAGCGUUUGAUGAGCUGGACCAGACAGCUGCCUGUCAACAACGGAAAUAUUGUCAGGAAUGCGUGGGAAGGGGGACUGUUUCCUGGGAGGCCAUAUGGCGCCAGGCUCUGA